GUUUCUCCGCUUGUCACAGAGAGGGAUAAUUUACUGACGUUUCGCCCAACACAAAGCCGCGUUUAUGAAGGAAACUCAGCCGUUUCUUCUGGCUCCCGGAGUCGUACUGUAGGUGCAUGACGUACCGAGGGCUGACAAGGGGAGUGAAGUAUAAGCCUGUUGGGAAGGCACAGUCUCUGACUGACCUGUACAAAAAGGGGGCUGCGCACAAAAGCCACAGACGGAGAAAAACCCGAGCGCUCUCUCCAGCUGUCCCGACCCAGGUCAUAUUGACCUGUACUGAAAAGCCCCGGUGUAAUGUAGUCCAUGGCUUCGCAGUUUAGAAACCCGUGGGGAUGUCUAACAGACAUACAACAGAGUUCUUUCAGUGGCAAUUGUGUGAUGUCUUCAAGUUUGAGAUGUACACUUUAUCCUGUGCCCAUAUACUCUACUUCAUCCUGUGUGUUCUGUGCCUGACUCGGACAGCUGCUGCAGUGCCAGAGACUUUGUGUGGCGCUGAACUUGUGGACACUCUGCAAUUUGUGUGCGGAGAGAGAGGCUUUUACUUCAACAAGCCCACCGGCUACGGCUCCAACACGAGGCGCCCCCACAAUCGCGGCAUCGUGGACGAGUGCUGCUUCCAGAGCUGUGAGCUGUGGAGGCUGGAGAUGUACUGUGCGCCGGUCAAGCCCGGCAAGUCGGCCCGGUCCGUACGAGCUCAGCGCCACACGGACGUGCCCAAGACGCAGAAGAAAAAUGUAUCUGGUAAUAGUCACCCAUCUUGCAAGGAGGUGCAUUUGAAGAACUCAAGCCGAGGCAACAGGAACUACCGGAUGUAGAAGAGCAAAGCCCAGGAGCAUGACAAGGAAUGGGAGAACGAGGGGUGUGGUCAUACAUUGGUCAUGCCAUGCGUACUGUAUGUCAUAGAAAGGAGGAGCAUACGCGCCCUACGAACACAGCAGGCCAAUGUAGCUCCUGGGAACUGAGCGCCAGUUAUCGGUCUGCGUUUCCUGCACUUUCCCCCUGCCUCCCUGUGUCCCAGAUAUAUUUCAGUUCCGGUUGUGUUCUGGCACACUGACGUGACUGGUGUUGGAUAAGCUACGGUUGCUGCAGGUCUGAGCUGGGCGUGACAACCCAGUGUCUUUACUCUUUUGUGUUUGGAUCUGGAAAGCUGUUGGGCAGUGGGCCCUAGACUGUCCUGUUGAGCAACAGUCCUAGAAUAAAACUUGCUCUAUGUAUUUCUGGCUUCUCAAAGGUUAUAUAAUGGACAUCCCGCAGCAGGUUUCUUUUUAUGCAAGAAUACAGGGAGGAAUAGGGGGUUUACAAUGCCAAGCUGUUUAUCACAUUAGACAGUGACUGGAGACAGCCCCUUCAGAGGGCUAUCGAGCAACCUUUGCUUUACACAAUGAAAAUGUAUUUCUCUGUUUAAAAAAAAACGUGGUAGUAACACGGCUUUAUGAAUUCAUCCCCAGAUUGUUUCUGAGAAUACCAAGUGUAUCACAAAAUGUAACAAGAUGUCAAAUGUGUUGAAGGCACAUUUAGAUGCUUUUGUCAUGCAGUGGAUAUAUACAGACAUGACUGGUAAACUGACUUCAUGUGAGGACCACAGCCUAUCUAGAACUGUAAUUGAAUUUUAACAUCCAGCCAGGGGUUCAUGGGUUUGUAAUAAGCUUAAACUCUGAGCAGCUGAAUGCUAUGUUUCUUAAAUAAUGUGAAUGAACAAACAAUGUGUUGGCACCACCUAUGCAUCAAACAACCACAGAGUUUUAGGUAAACUUAAGAUGUCACACCAGUUAUUUUGCUGGCGAAGGAGUUUUCCUUCGAGACAAUUUACUGUAACCUCUCAUGCUGUACCACAGUCCAAAAGAGUCCAUGGACUGUGUUGAAACAAGAGGGGAUAUGUGAAAACAGAAACAGAAUGUCAAGAAAAUUGUUUGUGGCCUGUAUUACCCCUGCUCUAAAGUUGCUUCCGCACUUUGAAGAAAACUGGGUGCAUAAUUUCCCCCCAAGUGCUGGAAAAGAACCCUUUAAUUUAAAUGUCAGAUGUGCACUGCGAAAAUGUGAAAGAGUGCGUUUCUUCUUGGGUCUCUGCUCACUAGGGCCAGCGGACACCAGAACAUUACAGCUGUCUCCCAUACUUGCUGUGUACUCGUUGUAGAGAUCAAAACCAUUUUCCACACCCUUCAAUAAAAGACCCAGAAAACUAACCUUAUCCCACCAGCAGCAUUUAACCCCAAUAUUGACGACUUACAGGCACACCAUUUUGCAGGUAGAAACUGGCUGCAUUUCAUAGGACGAGACUUCAAAACAAAAGGAUUAAAGUUAGCGCUCCAGCACAAUGUUGAAGAACGAGGUUUUUACUGUGCCCAGCGGGAGCCAGUCGAUUAAUGAUUGAGUAAACCUGGCCUGCCUCCUUUAUUUUGUGCAUUUAUGGAGGAAUCUUAGUGCUCUUUUAGGUAUUUCAUCCUAAAAAAACAGGCUUUUCCUGGAAAAAUAUACAAGGCCAUCCCACGUAUCCUAUCAUAAAGCAUGUAUCAUUCUGGAAAAUGCCAGUGGACAAUGUUUUUGCUAAUUUCAAAAUGCCUGUUCUUUGAACCACAGCUUUGGCUAUCGGCUAUAGUUUCCAAGUAUUGUAGUGUUUGCGCAAUCCUCAACAUUGAUAACAGUUUACCUUUCCCACUUUGGGUCGCACACCACAAUGACCAUGAGCGAAGCCGUUACUGCAGGCACAAAGUCUCCUCUCCGAAAACAUCUCACACCCAGAGUAGCUCUGAAGGCCAGGGGUCAGUGAAACCUGAGCGUGUCGAGGAGAACAGUUGCCAAGCGGUGAAGGUUUUCACAAAAGUGUUCCCAACACAUGUAAUGUUCGGUAACCUCACACAGACCUUUUCCUUCAGGUAAUAAAUGCUUUUUGUAUCUGUGUAUAAUCAAUCAUAUUCCAUAUAUGUUAUUUUAUGCAUUGUUCUACUAUCAUUGUACAUGUAUAGCAAACCAUAUUAAGAAAUCUUAUCCACUGUAUAAUGGUGCUAUUUUGUAGUUUGUUACUUGCAAGGGUUGACUAAACCAGUAAAAAGCAAAACUAACAAGAUAGAAGUCUUCCCUUUUGCACAGGCUUAUGGCCACAGUUUUUAAUAGUUUUUUUAUUAUUAUUAUUUGUAAGCUAUUUCAAUGAGUUAGGAGUGUAAAUGAGCAAAAGUAUUUGUGUGAAAUCUGUGAAUGCAUGGAAAAAACGUCUCUUGAUGUGAUCCCAAGUUUCUAUUUUUUCUACUGUUUUUUAAUUAUUCAGUAUUAAUCCCGAUGCCAAAUGACUUGAUCAAAAGCACUGUGAAACUGUAACCUUCCAUUAUUGCUAAGGUGUUGAAAUUCAGUGUUAUCCUGUUUGCCUGUCCUAAAAUGUGUACUGCAUUAUUCAUCGAUGAUGAUGUUUCAGCCAGGGCUUUACACUCAUGUAUGCUGUGCGCAGUAUUGAAGUACCGUAUUUUAGGAAUGACAAGCUCAAUAUUUCUCAACCUUUCCAGCCAUGCUUAUUUGCUUAUGUAAAUACAUUUGUGUUCAUUUUAUCUACGUUCCCAGAAUAAAAUCAUCCCACCUCAGCAUCAAAUAGCAACCGUACAGUUCUGCCAUGAGGUUGGAAUUAAGUUAAAACCAAAGAGCGUAUUACAUUCCAAAAUAACAAGGAUUAAAAAAAAUAGAUUGUUAGAAAUACUUCACUGCUAGUGUUAUCUGUGCUUCCCAAGAGCUCCUCUAAUGCAAACAACCUGUCAGCUCUGUAUAUUAGUGAUACAUUUGCAAAAGAAGUCCCAUUUGCAAAGACAAGCCGGAUUCAGAUGUGGCCUAGAAUCCUCUCAUCAGAUGCUCUAAAACAAAUAUGAAAACUCAUUGCCCUGUGUCUUUAUAUUGCUGUGUUUGGCUGAUGCCUUUUCCCAAAGUGACUUACAGCUGUGCCUGUUUACACUGCUGGGUAUUUUCCUGGAGCUGUUCCAGUGAAGAACCUUGUUCAAGGGUGCAGCAGCAGUGUCUCACCUGGGAUUUGAACCAGCAACCUUCUACAAACCCAACCACUGCUUCUCUAAGUUAUGUAACAUACUACAAACAUUAUUCAUAUUUUUCAGCGCCAAGCACAUAACUGUCACAUGAAGAGGUCCAGUCUCGUACUUCUUCAUUUUCGCUAAGCCUUGCAGAUGGCUGAAUGCUGGAAGAAGAAUGGACAUGGUUACUGGGAUACGUGGUGCCAUUGACAUGGUUACUGGGAUACGUGGUACCAUUGACGUGGUUACUGGGAUACAGUACCUCCUCUAAGGGGAAAUGCCCAAACAGGAAAGUACUUCUCAUUUAUUGACAGAUACCAUUUAAGAAAUCAAUGUAAAUCUGUCCAGAAAAAUAAAUAAAAAUUGUCCAUUCGUCUGA